CGCGCCUGCGCGGUGGGUAGCAGCUCGCGCCUUGGGCUCGGCCUUGGGCUGGCUGCAGUCUCAGUGUGAGGGCGGCUGAAGUGACUGGCUGGGUUAAGAUGAGGUUUUUGCUACUGCUCCUGGUGGCGGCGUCGGCGGUGGUCAGGAGCGAUGCCUCGGCCAACCUGGGUGGCGUGCCUAGCAAGAGAUUAAAGAUGCAGUACGCCACGGGGCCGCUGCUCAAGUUCCAGAUUUGUGUUUCCUGAGGUUAUAGGCGGGUGUUUGAAGAGUACAUGCGGGUUAUUAGCCAGCGGUACCCAGACAUCCGCAUUGAAGGAGAGAAUUACCUCCCUCAGCCGAUAUAUAGACACAUAGCAUCUUUCCUGUCCGUCUUCAAACUAGUAUUAAUAGGCUUAAUAAUUGUUGGCAAGGAUCCUUUUGCUUUCUUUGGCAUGCAAGCUCCUAGCAUCUGGCAGUGGGGUCAAGAAAAUAAGGUUUAUGCAUGUAUGAUGGUUUUCUUCCUGAGCAACAUGAUUGAGAACCAGUGUAUGUCGACAGGUGCAUUUGAGAUAACUUUGAAUGAUGUACCUGUGUGGUCUAAGCUGGAAUCUGGUCACCUUCCAUCCAUGCAACAGCUUGUUCAAAUUCUUGACAAUGAAAUGAAACUCAAUGUGCACAUGGAUUCAAUCCCACAUCAUCGAUCAUAGCCCCACCUAUCGGCACUGAAAACUCUUUUACAUUAAGGGAUUUUUGCAAGAGCAGCGUGGCUGACAUCAUGAAGGCCUGUACUGAAGACAGCAAGCUGUUAGUACAGACCAGAUGCUUUCCUGGCAGGCGCGUUGGACCUCUUGGAAAACCUCAAUGCAAGAUAGUUUUUCAGUGCUGGCACAUUUUGGAAUUCUGCACAUUCGUGGAGUGCAAUAAUACUGUAUAGUUUUUUUUUUCUUUCCCAAAUCCACUGAGUUAAUAGUUUUUUUAAAAUGUGGACAUUACUACUUGUACCUUUUUUUUCAUUAGUCACAUUUGAAAAACGUAGAAAAAUGAGUUACAAUUUGAUUUUCUCAAAGAUGUCUGUUAAAUCUGUUGUGAUUUUAUAUGAAUUUUCUUUUUUUGUAGUUUAAAAUUGAUCUUUUUGCGAAUACAGCUGAAGUUCUCAAAUACUUUAUAAGAGUUUUUCAGACAUCUCUAAUUUGGUCAUGUUCAAUUUGUAUAGUUUUCAGAAUACUGUAGCUUGUGACAAUUUUGUCAGUGCAUUAUACAAGAUUAUGAGGGGAAAUCCUAUAUGCAGAGUACUCUUACCGAUUUGUGUGUAUGUGCGUGUGUGUGCGUGUGUGAUUACCAGAGAACUAAAAGACCAACUGCUUUUUAAAUCCUGUUAUAGUUCGCAUCUUGUCUUGACCAAUCUCAUGAGUUGAUUAACUGGGCCUUUAUACUUAACUCAAUAAAAAACUAAGCAGAUAUAAGUUAAAUAAAAACUCUGAAUUUAUUGCCCAGCGUACCUGUUAAUGUUAUAUCUAAUAGUUGUCUGCUUAAAUUUUUGUUUUUGACUUACAGAUAAUUUCAUAAGGGACAUACUUUAGAUUCACGUACAAAUAAUCAUUUACCAUUUAUAGGAUAAUUGAAACUCCUCACAAAAACUGAGUUUAACCUCUCUACAACAUUAAUAUUAGAUGAAUGGAGAUCACUUGUCUAAUAAUUUAACUUGCCUAACAUCAUAUAUCAGAAUUUAUUAUAUUUGAGGAACAAAAUUGAAAAAUUUUUUAUUCAGUGAAUUUAAUAUCUUUCCAGAGUUCUAAAAAGACUAUAAGAGUAAUUUAGCAGAAAUAGGACCAUCAAGUGGAAAAAUAGGACCAUUAAUCUAGACCUACCACUUCUAUUCCUACGUGGAAGCUGAAGCAUGUUACGAUCAUAUAGCAACAUCGUAACAUGCUUCAGCUUCCACGUAGGAAUAGAAGUGGUAGGUCUAGAUUUGUUAGUAAAGAGACUUAGGGAAACGUUAUGAGAUAAUUCAACAUUGGGUCCACCAAACACUUAAUGCAACUAUAUACUUUGUCUCUGAAUAUUUGUUGAAUUCAUGUCUCGUAAGCAUAAUGAUUGUGAUAGCCUUGGGUGGAACAGACUGUAAUCUUUAGCUGACAAGAAGUUGGUCUGUGGAAAAUUGAUUAAGUGGCUUAUCCUUUUAAUUAAGACUGCAGAACUGUUAACCCAGGUUCAUAUAGUGGCAAGAGUCCAUACAAUUUAAACUGGGAAGUUACAGGUAUAAGAAAAUUGUUAUCUUUGACUAGGGCUUAAAACCUUGUUGACUUGAUUUAUACCAGCUCAGACUUCCUAUCUUCUGCAAGUUGAACACACUGCUGAGUGUGACUAGGGUUUUCCUUUAGCUGAUAGACAUUCCACUGAUGACACAGUUAACUUUUUGGCAUUUAGACCUUUCCAACUGGAGCCUGGGAUGUUCCCAUGGAUCUGACAGGUCAGCCAUGAAGAACCUAAGAUUCGAUUCUAACUUUUUCCAAGUUUGCCUUGGGUGAAUAAAUUGUCUUUUUGGAAAUGGCUUUAGGUAGCUUAGACAAUGAUAAAACUCAGCUAUUUUGUUGACACCCAUCUUAAUAUUGUUUUUUUAUCUUUGGCCAUAUUUAAAUCUAGGAUUUAAUGAAAAUGUAGUGAAAAAUUAAUGGGAAGUAUGAAUAUAAAAAAAAUUUAAGGAAAAAGGAAAAGUUAAAAUGAAACUAUAUAGAAUGCAGUUUUAUUAUAUUCCUAACAUUUCAGAAUUUAUCAGUUGCUUACAAUUUGUGUGGCUGUAUAGUUUAUGUACUAUAUUAAUUAGAAGGCCAUAGAAAAUAACAGCAGGUUGGCUAAUGUUAUUGGGGUUUUUACCACAGUUGCUAUUGUGGAAGAAAUGAUUUGUUAGAUUAAUAAAAAGAUGUUGGCAAACGUGGCUUUAUACCUCAGUAUCAAGAUAUGCAAGACAAAUAUGCUUCAGAAUAUAAAUGCAUUAAUUACUUGCAGCAUUAACAUUAAUGACAGCAGUUGAUCAGCCUUUACUACUAUCAAAAUAUAACAAUCCCAAUGAUUCUUAUUUUGAAUGUUUUUAGUUAGGGACUUGGAUAGUUGGCAUUUUAUCAUUUUCAUAAUUUUAAAUCAGAUUUUUAAAAAAGCCUACAGAAUUUUUAAUCAUGAUUUGAUAUUUAAUAUUAAAGCUUUUUUUUUUUAAUCUUUUGAAUGAAAUCAGGGAUUAUAAAGUUUGGGGGCUUACCUCUCUAGCAUUGUGAAAAUAAACUUUUAUUAAGCUGA